GAUGAAUUUCUUGACGUCUGACAAUUGAUUUGAACUUAUCACAUAAAUAAAAGUGUUUUGUGUCCUGCAUCAAUUUUGUUUCUGCUUUUUUCUGCCACCAUGCCAAGUCCAUCGAAAGUCGAAUUGUGCCCCAGCCGGGAUUCUUCGGACGAGGAGGACGAGGAGUUCAUGAACCAAUUGUUCAGCGAAGAAAUGCUAAAGAAACUAAAUGCGGACGCUGUCGGGAGGCUUUCUUGGCGGGGUGGCGUUCUGAUCUAUGAAAAAAAGAAGUCCGACGAGCAGCCCAAGGCAGAACCAGGCUCAUCUGAGGUGCUCGAGGUUCAGAAUAAGACCAGUAAACGCGGAUCCGAGGGGAAAGAUCUCUGGGAAGAAGAGCCUGCCCCGAAGAAGACGGCAAAGGAAGGCGAUGACCCCGGCUCCCUACCGAAGCCUUCCAUUCCUGUGAAUGAGGUGGACUCCCUGGAUCCCGAUUUGCCAUCGUCUUCACGUCUAUGCAAGAAGGAGAGGCCUCUGACUGCCAUGGAGAAGUCAGAUUCUUCAUCCUCAAAGGCCAAGGAAGGCGAGAUGUCAAAGAAAUCUUCUCCAAAGUAGUUGCACGCCAUCAUCUUUGCCAAAUAAAUUCACCUUUAUCAACAAAACAACCU